CGAAGGCAGAAGAGGAGGAGGAUGCCUGGAGCUCCACCUUGGCAGCCCUGAAAACUGCCCCCAAGGAGAAGCCCCCCGCCACCAUCGACGGGCUGUGCCCCCUGAGCAUGACACCAGGCGCCCGGGUCUAUGACGACUACGACUGCACCCUGAACCAGACCAACAUCAGUGCCAACAACAACAAGUUCUACGUCAUCCAGCUCCUCGAGCACGACGGUGCCUACAGCGUCUGGAGCCGCUGGGGCCGUGUGGGGGAGGUGGGCCAGUCCAAGCUCAUGCCCUCUGCCUCCCUGGAAGCCGCCAAGAAGGACUUUGAGAAGAAGUUUCGGGAGAAGACCAAGAACAGCUGGGCGGCAAGGGAGAACUUCGUUGCCCAGCCAGGGAAAUACACGCUCAUCGAGGUGCAGCCGGGGGCUGAGCAGGAGGCAGAAGCUGCCGUCAGGGUGGAUGGCGUGGACGGGAGCAAGGCCCGCAAGCAGCGUGUGCUGCCCUGCACCUUGGACAAAGCCACGCAGGACCUGGUGUCCCUCAUCUUCAGCAACGACAUGUUCCAGGAUGCCAUGCGGACCAUGAAUAUCG